CCUUCCUUCUUCGCUUUGUGUGUUUUUGUCAAAGUUCGUCUGCUCCUUCUCCUCCUCUAUUCAGAAAAUUAGGGUUCCGUCGCAAAUCGCGAUCAGAUCUCGAACUCUCUGAGGAUGUCGGAAGAUCCGGAGUACCGUUGCUUCAUUGGUGGGCUUGCCUGGUCAACAUCUGAUCGUGGCCUCAGAGAUGCUUUUGAGAAGUACGGUCACCUCGUUGAGGCCAAGGUGGUUCUGGACAAGUUCUCUGGUCGCUCACGUGGUUUUGGGUUCAUCACUUUUGAUGAGAAAAAAGCUAUGGAUGAAGCUAUUACAGCAAUGAAUGGAAUGGAUUUAGAUGGGCGAACUAUAACUGUUGAUAAAGCCCAGCCACAUCAGGGUGGGUCAGGCAGAGAUCAUGAUGGAGACCGCAGUCGUGAUCGUGGAUAUGACCGUGAUCGUAGCCGUCCCUCUGGUGGACGAGGUGGUGGAGAUUGCUUUAAAUGUGGCAAGCCUGGACAUUUUGCCAGGGAGUGUCCUUCUGAAAGUAGUAGAGAUGGUGGGGGAAGGUAUAGCUCAAAGGACGAUAGGUACAGUGCAAAGGAUGAUAGGUAUGGUGCGAAAGAUGAUAGGUACGGUGCAAAGGAGGAUAGGUACAGCUCAAAGGAUGAUAGGUACAGCUCAAAGGAUGAUAGGUACAGUGCAAAGGAUGAUAGGUAUGGUGCGAAAGAUGAUAGGUACGGUGGAAAGGAGGAUAGGUACAGCUCAAAGGAUGAUAGGUACAGCUCAAAGGAUGAUAGGUAUGGUAGUAGGGAUGGUGGAGGUAGUCGCUAUGGACCUGACCGCAGUGGAGAGCGUUCUGGAGGACGUAGCAGGGAUGGUGGCAGCCGUGGAGGUCCAGGAGGUGAGAAGCACAGUCGUGCUCCAUAUGACCGCCCCAGAGGUGGUGGCUACUAGAAUUCUAUGCCAAAAGUGAAAAGAAGUUGAAGGUUUCUGCUCUCGGCUCUCUUGUCAAGUGCGAAGUCAAAGUUACACUGGAUGGUCUGUUUUCUUCAAUGUAUUUGGUUAAGCUCGAGAAAGAAGAUGUGUCUCUAUUUUGGCCCUAAACUCAAGAGUCGACUAUGUUCCUAAAGUGCUCUCUCUCCUUUUGAUAUGUUGAUCCCUAUGGAAACCUUGUGCUUGGUUGGUUUGAGACAAUUUGAGAUGUGCUACUUUAUGCUUAUCGUAAUGAAAUGCGUGGGUUAUCCCCCAACA